GAUCAGCAUUCAGCAUUGUUCGGAAUCGGAAAUCGGAAUUCCUACACUUCAAUUUUCAAAACAUUGAUUAAUCCUCGUCGCUUUUCAAUAUAAAUAUAAUUGUAUUUUUAUAUAUCUUAAUAAUUAUUGUUUAAAUAUCUGUUUCUUAAUUAUAGCCAUAUAACUUACGCUAAAACAGGAGACAAUCGACGAAAAGGAUCACAUUGGAGAAUUUGUCGUCUGGCACUUGUUUUAUACUAUGAAUAUUAAUGACAACAAUGAAGAUACUAAUGAUAACAAUGACUUUGAUCCUUUAUAUGAUAUUAUUGACUAUUUAGUGAGAUGUGCUGAAAUAUCAUUUAAGAAUUCGCACCCUAAUGAAAAUAAUCUAAAAACUAGUGAUAAAACUGCCUAUGCUCAUAACUUAUACUUAAAGUCACCAACACAGUUUCUCAUUCAGUUUGGCAAAUUUCUCUCACCUAAUCAUUUACAAUAUUUUGAAACAUUGAGUAUUUACAAAGAUGAUAAAGAUUUUAAUAAAUGUGUGUCCCAACUAAAAAUCUAUCAUUCAGAGGAAAGUAGAAAUAAAAGAAUAAGGAAUAGAAGAUAUAAAGCUCUCCAAAAACUACAAGACGAAACAGACUAUUUUAGUGAAAAGGAAAUGAUGUAUAGAAAUCCAUUACUGUAUGAACAAUUAGUAGGACAGUACUUAUUGGAUGAAGAAAUACAAGAGAGAGAUGCAGUAGAUAGUGGGAACUUGACACUGCUAAGCUUAAUUUUGGAAACUGUAGAUCGUAACCAGAUGAGAGAAGUAAAAAAUGUACAAAUGCUUGAUGAGGAUCAAGGCUCUCCUUCCAAUACUUCAAAUAGCAAAAAUGAAAGGAAGGAAGAAGAUAACAGUGUCAAAAAGAAACAGUGGGGAGACUUUGACAUUCCUGAUACAAAAGACACUUACACACCUGAGAUAAGAAAACAAACAAUGAUAAACGCAAACGAAAAGAGAAUAUUACGAGAAGAGUUUUACCAAGAAAUGUAUAGCAGUUUCAUAGAAGGAAGAGACACUGAUUUUGAUUACAACAAUGUUGAUAACAAUGAAGAUUAUGAUGAUCUUGAACAAAUAUCACAAGAUGCAGAGGACAAGUACUUUGAUUCUGAACAGAAUGACAGUGAAACGUUGGAGGAACAUAUGGCACUAGUACAGGAGUAUGGCUCAAAAAAUACUAAUGAUAAUGGUAGUGAUCCUUUAGAUGUAUUCAUGCAGCACAUCUCCAAUAAAUUGAAUAAAACUUAAUUGAGCUUUUA